CGAUGUAGCGAUGUCAAAUUAAGAUAUUGGUCGGUGGUGGCGCCAUUCUCUGAUCGUGUUCAUCGAAAUGCGCCAUUUCCCACUCGAGGAAAAAGAAAACGACAUUGAAGAAAGGUACUCUUGGAGGAUCUUCCUAGAUUGAAGUCUAUUCAUCGUUGUUCAUCGUUUCUUCGUAAUCUCACGCACGAUAGCUGGUAAUUGACUGAUUCACUGAUCGAUCAGUGGAACCUUCGCGUGAUCGUGACUUUCGGAUUUGACGUUGUAAAUGAAAGUGUCGCAGCUCUGUGUGUCUCGUGUGCGUGAUUCGGACUCUAAACCUUGAUUCGUUUUAGUGCGAUCGCGAUCAUCUUCGAUUCGAAAUUUCAUUCAUUAGGUUAGAGCAACAUCGUUACCGUCCGUCUUGUCCGUAAAGUGCUACAUAUUCUAAACAGUUGUUACUUAGCAAAAAGUGGUAAUAAAACGUAUUCCUUGAACGGAAAAAAGGGGAGUGUGAAAAAAUCAACAAGCUUCCUAUAGUCGUGUAUCUGCCCUGUGUGUACCAACCGGAGCUGUCAUAAAUGUACACAUUCUAUAUAGAUUGCACGAUCUAUGCUCGGUUAGUGGGCCGAUUUACUCAAGACAAGUGAUCGUAUCUAACGCGCGGCAGUGAAUUGACAUUAAUCAUCGUCGCGCGGUGUUGUGCACCCAUCGAUCGUCUAAAAAGCUAGUGCCGCAUUCUUAUUCGACGGCGAGCUUACUCACGCAGCAGGUGAUCAUGGCUAAUCGGGGUACAGCCCAGAGGCCAAAUGGUUCAACACAAGGGAAAAUCUGUCAGUUCAAACUGGUGCUACUUGGGGAAUCAGCUGUAGGAAAAUCAAGUCUUGUUUUGAGGUUUGUUAAAGGACAGUUCCAUGAGUAUCAAGAAAGUACUAUUGGAGCUGCAUUUUUAACACAAACAGUAUGUCUGGACGAUACCACUGUAAAGUUUGAGAUUUGGGAUACAGCAGGACAAGAACGUUAUCACAGUCUUGCACCAAUGUAUUACAGAGGUGCACAAGCAGCUAUUGUUGUAUAUGAUAUAACAAAUCAGGACACAUUUGUACGUGCCCAAACGUGGGUUAAGGAAUUGCAGCGGCAAGCCAGUCCAAGUAUAGUCAUAGCAUUAGCUGGAAAUAAAGCUGAUCUUGCAAAUAAAAGAGUUGUGGAAUUCGAUGAAGCGCAAACAUAUGCAGAUGAAAAUGGCCUUCUUUUCAUGGAAACUUCGGCCAAAACAGCAAUGAAUGUUAAUGAUAUAUUCUUGGCAAUUGCUAAAAAACUUCCAAAGAAUGAACAAUCAGGAAGUGCAAGCACAAGUGGUCAAGGUCGUCGAUUAGUCGAAACGGAAGGACAAAAGGCAGCGACUGGUAAUUGUUGCAAGUGAUUAUCCAAAUCUAUUUGUACCAUAAUCAACAAAUAUAAAUACACCAUGAGUGUGUCUGCAAUGAAUUUGAGUGGAAUAUAAAACGAUGGGAUAAACCACUAUACUGGAAUGGGAGAUGAACUGUGUGGGACGAACAUUUUUCCUGAGUGAUUACUGACAAAAAUGCAUGUAUCACAUUGCAUUCGACGAUAUAUCAACUAUUUUGAAUAUCAGAUCAAAAAAAAAGAAGAAAAAGCAAGUGACACAGACAGGAAUCAA